UGCUCGACGGUGUUUUGUACUAGUUCCCAAAAUCACCACGUUUUACUCAAUACGAAUGCCGAUAUGACGAUUUUGUCCAUGUUCAUCUAAAAGCUGUUCUAUUGCGUACUCAUUACUCAUGCGCUUAUUUCGCACGUUACGCUAGUGUUUUACCAGAUCACUUGCGCCCACGAAAGGUCAGGGGAUUGGAAUGAUCUUUCAUCUUCCUGAUCGUGGAUGUUGUUGGGCCAAGUUAUUUCUUUUAACCUCAUCUUUGAUCGUCGUAUUCCUAACUACUCACUCUACCGCCAUUUACCAUCCUCUUGACCUUGCGGCUAUCUCCCGGACUCUUCAACCCGACACUAACCGUUUAAACGACUCGAGCUACUUCCGCCAAUGGUUACGCAUAGCGUACAGUCCGUCGGCUCUGAAACUGGCCCACGCCAGCGGCCUCACCCAGUGGGACUACAACAUCAACAUCACCGAGCAUAACCAGGCCGCUACGAUCCGUUCGUCUCAAGAUGGCGCAAAAUUCGCGCAUAUUGUCAGCGCCGCAGUCUCCCAAUUCCGCCUCAAUUCCAGCACCGACGAAGAAGCCAAGGGAAUUCAGCGGCGCUUGAGUCUGCUGGGUGAUGCGGCGCUGCCGUCGUCCGAACUGGAUGAACUGCAUCUGCUGAUUAACCAUAUGCAAUCGGUGUAUUCCACGACGUGGAUUUGCUUUAACCCCAAUGGGGACCUGGAGGAGAUCGCGCUGCUGCCGCGGGAUGAGUGCCCGCAAGCAAUGCGACUGAAUGUAGAGCCAAGUCUUGUGGAUUAUCUACGACACUCGUGGGAUCUCGAUAAGCGCAAAUACGUGUGGACAAAGUGGCGCGAUGUUAGUGGUCGUGCUAUCCGCGCCAAUUUCACCCGCUAUGUGGAACUCAAGAAUAAAGCUGCAAAAAUGACAGGCUACAGAGACGCUGGACAGAUGUGGCGAUCCGAGUACGCCCGAGAAUCCAUGGGCUACAACGACAGUACUUUCCUCAAAGACUUGGAUAGCAUGUGGCAUACGAUACGGCCGUUAUACGAGGAAGUACACGCGUAUGUACGGGGUGUAUUAAGGAGACGGUUUCCAGAUCAGAAUAUUCACCCGCACGGACCCAUUCCGGCCCAUCUAGCCGGGGAGAUGUUCUCACAGGACUGGUUAUCCGUCUUGCCUUUUGCACAGCUGUAUCCUUCCAAGCCGCUGCUGGAUGUGACAGAAGAAAUGCUCCUACAGAACUACACCAUCCGCCGCAUGUUCGAGCUCUCCGAGGAGUUCCAGAAAGAUCUCGGGUUGAUUCCCAUGCCGGACACAUUUUGGAAGUACUCUAUGUUUGAAGAGCCCAAAGACGGGCGAAAGGUCGUCUGCCAUGCGUCGGCGUGGGAUCUCAAAGAGGAUAACGAUGUUCGGAUUAAAAUGUGCACCAAAGUGACCAUGGAGGAUCUCGUUACUAUACACCACGAGAUGGGGCAUAUCCAGUACGAUUUGCAGUAUGCCGAUCAGCUGUCGUUCUAUCGCGACGGAGCCAACCGAGGCUUCCAUGAGGCCGGUGACACGCUAGCAUUAAGCGUAAAAACUCCGAAGCAUUUGGCCUGGCUUGGACUUUUGAAAAACAACGUGGAAGAUGAUGAAAGCGACCUAAAUUACAUGUUUGCCACGGCGCUGGAUAAGAUCGUCUUCCUGCCGUUUGCCUACGUGAUGGACAGUUACCGGUACGACAUUUUUGCCGGGCGGAUUUCUUUCGACCAGCUCAAUGCCGGAUGGUGGAACUAUAUUUACAAGUAUCAAGGUCGUUCCCCAGUUCCCCGCAGCGAAUGGGACUUUGACGCAGGUGCAAAAUAUCACAUCGCAUCCGAUACGGAAUAUAUGAGGUAUUUCAUCAGUUACAUUCUACAAUUCCAGUUCCACAAAGCAUUGUGCCAUGCAGCCGGUCAUACCGGUCCUUUGUACCAGUGUGACAUCAACAAAUCCAGAGAUGCCGGCAAACUAUUCAGCGACAUGCUGUCUAUGGGCUCUUCGAAACCAUGGCAGUUCGCUCUGGAGAAGAUUACGGGGUCACGGCGUAUGAGUGCCGCACCGUUGGUGGAGUUCUUUCAGCCGCUGAUCAAGAAACUGCGUAUUAUUAACCAGCAGAAUGGAGACGUGCCGGGGUGGUUCGUGUAAUUUUGUCUGUUUUUAGCAGUUUUUUUUAUCAAUUUACAGAAUAGUUAUUUUGUUUGUCUGAUAAUUCGUUGGUGUUCACUGCUGCUGAAUUAAGAUAUACUGUACGAAGUACUUACUUUUAUCAUUCUUUUAAGGUGUUUUGCUAAAUUGUUUGUUUAUCUAUGCGAAAUUCUAAUACAUCAGCCUGAAUAGUAAACUGUUGGAACGUAUUCAAAUACUAUAAUAUA